GGGAGCGGCUGCCCCGUCCAUGGCUUGGCCUCCCCCGGGCAGCAGCAGCUCCGGCUCCCGGGGAGGAGGGGCGGGAGCUGCUGCUCCAUGGGGAGGAAGGGCAGCCCCCGAUCCCCCCAGGCGGAGGGGGGAUCCCGGGCCGCCUCCCCCCCCUCCCCGCUCUGGGCCUUACCUGAGGAGCUGCUGCUCCUCAUCUGCUCCUACCUGGACGCGCAGGCCUUGGGCCGCCUGGCCCAGGUCUGCCGCCGCCUGCGCUUCCUCAGCAGCCGCGAUGUCCUCUGGAGGCGCAUAGCCCGCGGCUGCCUCAACUCCGGCUUCACCCAGCUCGGCACCGACUUAGCUGCUGGCAUUCCAGUGAAGGAAAGGGUGAAGGUAUCUCAGAACUGGAGGCACGGACGCUGCCGGAGGGAGACAGUCCUGAAAUGGAAAUGCAAUUUGAUGCCCUGGAUGGAGCUGGAUGGGGAGUAUCUCUACCUGUCUCAAGCAGAGAACAUCCAGGCCUAUCACCUCUGUGCAGAGGGGACAGGUUUGCAACGUCACCCUCAAGCCAUCUUCUCUGGCCACCAGGAGGACGUGUGUCGUUUUGUUCUUGUCAACUCCCACAUUGUCAGUGGAGGGGGAGAUGGCAGUAUUGUCCUUCACAAGAUCCAUGGCUCCUACAGCGUCAAGUUCUCUGCACAUGAGCAGGAGGUGAACUGUGUGGACUUCCAAGGUGGCCUCAUUGUCAGCGGCUCCCGGGACCGAACAGCCAAGGUUUGGUCCCUGUCCGCGGGCAGAGUUGGUCAGUGUCUACAUACAGUGCAGACAGAGGAUCGAGUGUGGUCCAUUGCUAUCAGCCCACUAUUAAGGUAACAGAUCUCUUUAUUCCCAGUUUUCAGCAGGGAGAAGUAAAAGAGUUGGAUAGGCUGUGUGUCCACAAAUCUUUCUGAGGCACUAAUGUGGCAGUUCAGGGACUUGAUUUAUGUGGAGGCUGAUCAGGUGCUUGUGCCUGCAGCAGGAGCUCAGGGAAGAGCAUGUGGUCUUUAUUUCCUAUACCAACAGAGUGAUCCCCUCCUAAAGAGGCCGUGAAGGUGGCCCUCGGUUCCUCUUAGUGCCUCAGGUGGGACCUGUUUGUUCUUUCUUCAUGAUGGAAUGCUGAUUAGAAACAGUGAUCUGGAUCCUCUUGAGAUUUUCUGUGCUGAAAAGAUGCCAACUUGUAUUCUCAUUCUCUGGCAGAAGAGAUGCUGAGCAAAAAGGUCCCUGCUUGAGAGCUGCAUGCAGUAGUUAAAACUCUGGUUUUUUUGAACAUGUUGAACUGGCAAAGAUGAAGUGCAGUUCAGGGAUGUGGUUUUCCAGCCUCUGUUGCCUGUAGCUCUGUGCUUCUAGUGAAGGCAUAAUGCUACAAGUACAGCUUCAGCAUGGGAGGCAAGGGCAAUACAU